CUAUGGCCAAUAAAAUCUUCUUGUACUGCAUCAUUUCGUGGUUCCAAUGCGAACGGGUCACGAGACUUUAUAACUUUUGCAUACUCAGAUUCCCUAAUCACCUAUAACCCACUAGCUUCACCAAUAUAUAAGCACAUCACCACCACCUGCAUAUUCUCACACUCACACAAACUUUCCCUUCAACCAAAGAAAUUUCUUCUUCUUUUUUCUCUUAGUCUCUUUCUUCUUUCAUCACUCAUGGCUUCAAGCUCUCUCACCAAGCAAAAGCCUUCUGAGUCCUCUUGGACCCAAAAACAGAACAAGCUGUUUGAGAAAGCACUUGCCAAAUAUGACAAGGAUACCCCUGAUCGCUGGCAGAAUGUGGCUGCAGCAGUUGGUGACAAAACACCUGAUGAAGUUAAGAAACACUAUGAGAUCCUCGUUGAGGAUGUCAGACACAUUGAAUCUGGUCGUGUUCCUCUUCCCAAAUACAGGUCCACCGGAAGCAGCAGCACCACCACCACCAACAAUGUUGAUGAUGGAGACAAGCUUAUGAAGUAUCUCAAGCUGAAUUGAUGAUGGGAAACGAUGUUGUUCGUGUCAUCCUCGGCUAUUAGCAGCAUUUAUGUGGUGUUCCUUGAAUUUCCAGAAAUAUCUUUAUUUCCAUGUCUCUCUAGUUUGUUUAUCUGUGUUUUCUUUUCUGCAGUUGUAAUUUAGAUUGUUUCAGUUUUCAAUGAAUUGUCCUGUUUCAGAAAACAAUACCAGAUUCUUAAUCA